AUGGAGAAGAAACAAUCGUUAGUAGCAGAUAUUUCAUCGCAAACAUCAAAAUCUACGUGUAAAACAAGUGAAGAAGUUAACGGCAAGCAAAAAGUAUUACAAAAAUUAUCGACAUUUCCACCGAAAAUUAUGCGUAAGGCGCAAUCAUUAAAUCAAACUUCUACUGAAAACAAAAGUAUUUUGCAUAAUUUGCGCACUUAUUCGCAUCCUAAUCCGCCAUUCUUUAUUGAAACUGAGAAAAAAGCAGUACUUACUCGUUCUGUAGCAAUUGAUGAGUCAAAUAUUGAACCUACUACUAGUACUGCUAAUAUUUCACGUGAUAUUGACGUCAAAGUGAAAAAAUUUGCUUCUGAUGUACGAUCUCAUCACUCAUUUAAGUCAUUUUUUGUCAAACACUUCGAAAAAAUGCACAACAAAAUGAGUAAACGACCAUUAAGUGCAUCUUUAUCAUUUAACUUGGAUGAACGUGGCAGAAAUCAGUUAUUACACCGGUCUGCACUUAUCUCACAACAUGAAAGUAUUCCUCAUUUACCAGUAAAUCUUGGAUAUCUUAGAUCAGCACGACAAAAUUUUCAUUGUUAUCACUGCCAACUUUUGCAAGAAUUAGAAUCAGAAACAUUAGAAAAAGCUGUUGCAUCGAAUAAUGCUCAAUCAGUGAAAAUUACACGUCAAUCAUGGGACUUUAUUCAAAAUUUUAAUAUAAAUGAUACAAUCAAAACCGCUUAUUAUUAUUCUCAAAGCAGCAGCAAAUCACUGGGCAACGAUAAUCACAUUUCUGAUAAGUAA